CUACAGCUCACUUCAACAAUUGAUAAAUAUAGGUGGACGAUGACAGUCACGCCAAUUUCCACCAUUACAAUGCCGUUAGCGACGAGUACCAAUGCACCACCCGCUCUAACAUCUAAACCGCGAGCUCCAUCUCGACCUGGGAGCGCAUCGGCUACAGUCGCUAAGCGCCGAUGGAACGCACCUCCGGCAGGUCUCUUUCCAACAGCUUCAACGACAUCCAAGAAGAAUGAACGCCCAUCUACAGCAAACGCCAAGCAUCUACCCGAUGUUUCAACAGCUCGGACAACGCCGCAAGAUCCUCGUCAGCAAUUCCGUGCUGCAAUGGCCACUGCACCGUCAAUCAGCGGUAGGCGUACAAAUAUUAGAAAGGAGUCAAGCAACAGUCGAAAGAUCGAUGAGAAUCAGAAAACAAGGCAAGAGAUGGGCAUCGUGGCCAGCCCUCCAUUAGGUCGAAGGCUAUCGCAGCCAUCACGGCUACAUUGUGGCAGCGACGGACUUCAACAUACUGCUAAAGUAGAUGUCAUAGAGCCACAUGACAGAGUCAGCGAUGGGAGUGCUCCCGUCGCUCUUCGAGCUGACUCAAAGAGGCAGCAACUACUUGCGCGCGAGGCAGAACUGAACGCCAUGCAGAGUGAACGUCGUCGAGAUUCGUUUCACAGCGCCCAAGUCCUUAAAAGUCUGCGACGUCAAGAUGUUGAAGCUGACGACGUGAGUCCUCUGAUUGAAAUCAUUUACUGGUCACCCUUCGUGGAAGUCCGACGUGACGCCGCUGCUGCUAUAGCUUCUCUGUGUCGCAACACCGCGAAUCUCGAUCUUCUUGACGAAGUAGGUGCGCUUGGUGCAAUCCUGACGAUGUUGAGCUCACCACUAGAUCGAGAGGACCCGGGAAUUUCUAUGGACUGCGCACAAGCAUUGGCUGCUCUUGUACGGUUGUCCGCUGUCAAGACGAAGCUUCUUCAAGCACCCGGUGGCAUCGACUGCGUCUUCUCCUUGCUGCAUACUACAACAGAUCAAAAGCUGCGACUUGCAGGCUUCGAGAUCGUCGCACGACUGGUAACAACCGAUGAGUGGCGCGAGGCUGUGGCCAAACGAGAAGGCUUCGCAUUCAUGUUGAAAUGCUGUUCCGGCAGUGGUGCACCGCAGACUUCAAGAGGUGCUGCAGGCGAUACCCGUACUCGAACGUUGGCUGCUUCAGUGCUGCACCAACUGGCUGUCUCGUGCGAUAACAGAGUGUUUUUUUACCAUUCCGGUCACUUCACGACACUCGCGGGUCUAUUACGAGAUCCGUUCUUGGAUAAAGAUGCAGUCUUUCGCCGGGAGUUGUUGAGUUUCGUGCAUUUACUGCUCUCCGAGACAGAAAAUGCUCGUCGGUUUGCUUCGAUUGGACUUCUAUCCUGUGUACUUAGUGUGCUUGGCCGUGGAUCAUCCUGCUCAACAAGGCCAUCACUUCAAGUGAGUCUGCUCGUGGUUGCCAUUCUGGACGAGGUCGCCAAGGACGACGUUAAUCAUGAAGCACUCGUGCAAGCUGAAGCGAUGACGCGCCUGGUCCACUUAUGCUUCUCUUUUAAUGGUAUACCAAUCGCUGAGACAGAAGCCAAACGCCCACACACGGCAGCAAUUUCCACUCAGGCUAAAACAAGUUCGCGACCAUUUUCGGCUACUUCAACUCGCCCUCGCUCGGUAUCUACUUGGCCAGCCUCGGAAGCUACAGCAAUCAUUCGUGCAACACUUGGGAUCUUCUGCGCUAUGGCUCGCAACAUCGCCAACCGAGAGCACGUUAUUCGAUCCAAAGUGCUCGAUCACAUUGCAGCACGGGAACUGUACGCGUCGUCCGACAAACGUGUUCGUCGAGCAGUUAUCAAUCUUCUCACGCUCUUGAUCUGCUCCAAGAGCAAGCAACACAAACACCCCAACCAGUUAGAAGAUGACACGUCUUCGAGUCCACCUGCUUCUCCCCGAGUGUCUAGCCAAACUUCCGAGAGUGACUAUCAACACUACAUCGAGUUACUUGCACGUGGUGUCGUCAAGUGUUUGUUUGGUAUCCUGGCUGGUGAUGACUUUGGAAUGAAAGUGGAUGCACUGAGUGCUCUAGCACAACUCACGCACGACGCUCCGUCCCGACUAACACUGUGUAAACCUGCACUACUGGCAGCACUGGGACAGUUUGCCUUCCAUCCGCUCGUAUCCACGCGCCUCCAUGUCGCUCAGAUCAUCGCAAACUUUGCCGAACGACCUGAAAAUGUGCUGAAGCUUGUGGAUGCUGGGCUCCUGCCUGUGCUUGUAAGAUACGUGAGUCCGCUAGAUCGAAAUCAUGCAGUUGGCCAUAGCAGCGACAAAGGUGUGAGCGAAGCCUUGCUAGUCGAGACCACUCGAGCAUUGGCAGCCGUAUCGGAGCUCCACGUGGCGCGCUCAAGGCUAGUGGAGAGCGGGGUAUUAGGUGCACUGAUGCGGUUGAUUCGAGUGUCUUCAAAUCGAUCCGAGGUCCGAUCCUAUGCUCAAUCUGCUGUUAGAAACCUUCGACAUGAUGCGGCGGCGUUGCGUAUUCAGGCAAUCUACCGUGGCUGGCAUGUACGUAUGACUUUCACUGGUGUGAAACGCAGACAGAAUAUCCGUAAACUCUCCAUGCUGGUAGAGGCAGCUAUCCCCAUGCAACAACGUUAGAAAUGUUUAAUAUUCCACAACAACACCAGCAUACUGAA